AUGGGAGGCGAAGGUGCAAACUACCCCCCGAACGGCCCUGACGAUUACCACCGACUUCCUACAUUUCUGAAGGUGUAUCGCCUAGAAAAACACAAGGAGGAAAUGCGGCUUCCUCCGGAAUUUGUUGGGAUCCAUGGAGGGGACCUUCCGUUUGACUGUAGGUUAGUUUGGCCUAAUCGAGUUCGACACAUUGUACGCAUACUGAAACUCGCUAAUGGGUUCUACUUCUGCACCGGAUGGCCACAAUUUGUACAUGCAAAUGGCAUCGAACAUGGUGACUACCUUACCUUCACCUUGGUGGAUGUUGGAACGUUCAACGUGAGGCGGUAUGACAUGGGCACCCACUGCCCCCGCAGGAUGAUAUCGAUCGUAAUUGUUGAGGACGACAACCUAGAAGAAUGCUACUCCCCCGAUGUCGAUACUUCUGAUGACUAUUGUCCAUCGGAGGUGGAAACUGAUUCAUCACAAGAUGAUGACUAUGAGGAUGACAGUGGUGCCCUCGAUGUCGAUGGCUAUCCCACUUUCGUGCUAACACUCACUAAAACAAACAUCAACCGCACAAUUGAGAUUCCCUACCGCUUUUGGCAACGCCAUAUCCGAAUGGGAGCACUUGAAGCUGCUGUUUUUUUGUUGGCGGAAGGGGAGACAUGGCGGGUUACUCUCAAGCACAAAGGAUCAAAGAUAUGGGUGAAGCACGGGUGGGGACAAUUCAAAACUGAUAACCAACUGGUAGAAGGAGUGCGCUGCCAUUUCAAGCUCGUUGAUGCGGAUGAUGUCCAAUUCUUUGUGUGGUUUGAGCGUCCUUAG